UCCACAUCUGUCAAAACGCGGAAGUAAACAGCUACGCAAGAGUACAAACUCCAGUAACUAAUAUACAUGUGCUUUUAUGUCAAAUAUUUAAUCUUUCAGUAUUUUUUCGAAUUUUGUCAUUGGGAAUUUAUGCAGUGCUCACCAUUGCGGAUUUACAUUUUACAUUUAGUCAUUUAGCAGACGCUUUUAUCCAAAAAAACAUAGCAAGCCAUUUGUCAUAUAGACUAUAAUGAUUAAUCAUCGUUAUAAAAUAGCUUUACCUAGUCAUUAGUAUCUACAGCAAGUAAUAAGGGAGUAUGAAGUCAUUCAGGUCUCCAGGGCGUCAUGGUUAUGCGGUGGAAAUAUCUCCUUUUCUACCUUCUACACUUGCCUGUGCUUCAUCUCAGUACUACGGAAUAGCAGGGUGUGGGACACUUCUUGUGUUGGAGCAGAGAGAGGCAGAUGUUGCACUUGUGAAGAGUUUUGACUGGAACGAUGGGCUCUUCGAUGUGACAUGGAGCGAGAACAAUGAACAUGUGCUGGUGACGGGAGGAGGUGAUGGAUCUUUGCAGAUCUGGGAUAUGGCCAACCCUCAAGGUCUUCUUCAGGUGUUGAAAGGGCAUACUCAAGAGGUCUAUGCAGUAGACUGGAGUCAGACACGGGGAGAGAACAUGGUGGUAUCAGGAUCAUGGGACCACACGGCCAAAGUUUGGGAUCCAGAGAGAUGUCAGCUGGUGGGUUCCCUGCAGGGUCAUGAGGGAGUGAUCUACAGCACCAUCUGGUCUCCUCACAUACCUUCCUGCUUUGCUUCAGCCUCAGGAGACGGGACACUGCGGGUAUGGGAUGUGAAGGCGGGAUCUUGCAGGCUGGCCAUUCCUGCACACAAGGCUGAAAUCCUCAGCUUUGACUGGUGCAAAUACGACCAGAAUGUUCUGGUCACAGGAUCCGUGGACUGCAGUCUGCGUGUGUGGGACCUGCGAAGUGUCCGGCAUCCUAUAGCUCAGAUGAUGGGCCAUUCCUACGCUAUCCGCAGAGUAAAGUUCUGCCCUUUUUACAAGACUGUUCUAGCAUCCUCCUCAUAUGAUUUCACAGUCAGAUUCUGGGACUACUCCAAGAACCAACCACUGCUGGAGACACUGGAGCACCACUCAGAGUUUGUUUGUGGCCUGGAUUUCAACCUGCACAUCCCUAACCAGGUUGUGGACUGCUCUUGGGAUGAGACCAUAAAAGUCUUUACCCCUUCAUGCCUUGCUGCUCUAUAGAGCUCGCUCCGCCAUAGAAAGAUCAUACCGCAAGGCACGGGGGAGUCGCUCCUCUGUUUCAAUAACAGGUGCUGAGAUUGCCAAGAUUUCACUGCAGUUUUCCAAAUGACGCUAUUAAAAGGAGAACACAAGGGAUGCAUCAGGAGCAGUGCAUCAGGAGCGCGCUACAGAGGAGGGAAGCCCUGUUACUAGGAUGUUUCAUAAGUGUUAAAUAAAACAAAAAAAGUGAGUCUA